AUGUCUGGUGAAGAAGACCACAAGAAUUCUUUCCCUUACUUUUCCAGCUUCCAUAACCAAGAUCAAACCAUGCACCUGUCUGAUGAUCAAGGGUUUGCUUUCCCUAUAAUCACAGAUCACAGCAAUAGCUAUAGUACCUUUAUGUACAACCAGCCACAGCAGCAGCAGCAAAACCCUAACACCCUUGAAUUUGAUGAUCAUCAUCAUAACCCUAAUCCUUCUGACAAUUCCCAAAUGAGCUUCUCAAACUGCCUCCAAUUAGGGGCAGCUGACUAUAAUACCCUCUCAAAUGCCUUUGACCUUUCUUGUUCUUCAUCUGAUCAACAACAUCAGCUCGUGAUUUCGAACAACAGCAAUAAUAACAGUAACGGAAAUAAAAACAUUAGUAUGUCUGAUGAUUUUGUGUACAAUAAGGAGAUAGCUGCAGCCGGGAGCGAAAAUCCGCAGACUCCAAAUUCGUCUGGCUCGGUUUCUUCACACGAGGGAGGGGUCGAGGAGGACUCGUCAAAGGGAAACAAGAAUCCGCAGGAGAAAACCGGCGAAGAAGAAGGGCAAGAUGGGAAAUCUAAGAAUGUGUAG